UCUUUGGACACCUACAUGAAGGUCGAAACAGUAAUCGUACGGCUCCAGCGAGAAAACAAAAUGGCCGGAAAUGUUCGCCAGCAACUUUCACAACUUGCAAGUUUAUCACAUUCAGGUGGAUCACACAGGGAUGUAACAGAAAAAUACAAGGGGAUUUUGGAAACUAUCCUAAAAACUGGUGGCAGUGAAAUGGUGCCCAGCUUACAAGCCUUUGUGGAAGCAUUGGUGAAUGAGAAUGUAAGCCUGGUGAUAUCUCGUCAGCUGCUGUCAGACUUUUGUGCUCACCUUCCAAAUCUAGAGGACUCUGUUGCCAAACAAGUGGCCCAUUUCACUCUAGACAAAGUUCACACCAGAGUUAUAUCUUUUGAGGAGCAGGUUGCUGCAAUCAGACAACAUUUAGCAGAUAUUUACGAGAGACAGUGCAUGUGGCGAGAGGCUGCCAAUGUUUUGGUGGGAAUUCCUCUGGAAACUGGACAAAAGCAGUAUCCAACAGAUUACAAACUUGAAACUUACCUGAAGAUAGCACGCCUGUAUCUAGAGGAGGACCCGGUCCAGGCAGAGGCUUACAUCAACAGAGCUUCACUCUUACAGGCCGACUCCAAAAACGAGGAGCUUCAGAUCCACUACAAGGCAUGUUAUGCAAGAGUGCUGGACUACAGGAGGAAAUUUAUUGAGGCUGCACAAAGAUACAAUGAACUUUCCUACAAAACUAUAGUAGCAGAAGAGGAAAGAAUGCAAGCACUCAAAAAUGCUCUUAUCUGUACCGUUCUAGCAUCUGCAGGACAGCAAAGAUCAAGAAUGCUGGCCACACUAUUCAAAGAUGAACGUUGUACUCAACUGCCUGCUUAUAAUAUUUUGGAAAAAAUGUAUUUAGAUAGAAUAAUCCGUAGCAGCGACUUACAGGAAUUUGCAGCUCUGCUUCAGCCUCACCAAAAGGCAGUGACAUCUGAUGGUUCCAGCAUACUUGAGAGAGCAGUGAUAGAACACAAUUUGUUAUCAGCAAGCAAACUGUACAACAACAUUUCCUUUGCAGAACUAGGUUCCCUGUUAGAAAUUUCACCUUCAAAGGCAGAAAAGAUCGCCUCCCAGAUGAUCACUGAGGGACGCAUGCAUGGCUGUAUAGACCAAAUUGAUUCUAUUGUGCAUUUUGAAGAUGCUGACCAGAACGCAGAGCUUGAAGCAGAUUAAAGUUUUGGGACUUGGUUGCAUUCAACUGUCUAUAGGUCUUGCCAACAACAGUCUUCCAUGGAAGUUACAUCUAAGUUUAUUAUAAAACAUAAUUUUUUCCUGUAUAAAACUAAUAUGAUAUAGAACAUUUUAACUGUUAAACUGUCUCUCACACUCAUGAUCUAUUGACCAAUCAACAGUUUACCAACUAUUGACCGGGCAGUAGUCUGCCCUAUUUCUAUUGGCUAUGCAAGUCACGUGAUUCUUGGUCUGCUGCUUUGUUUAUGUAAUGGCGAGGUUCACUGAUUUAAUUGAUCAUGAAAAACAGAAUAUAUUAGAUGAAAAGCAGAGCAGAAAAUGAACAAUUUAAUCAUUAAUUAGGACAUUUAGUAUGUUUUCUUUUAAACUAGUGAUACGGUGAUAAAUGUACGUAAUCACACUGUCCUGUUAAAGGGGCAUAGACACGAUUUGAGCUGAAAUUUUUCCAAUUUUAAUGUUUACAAUGCUUAACUAAGGUAUUUCUAAUGGUCAGGAAAAAUUUGAAUAUCAGUUGUCAAGUUACAAGAGAUCGCAGAGCUCACAAUUCUUUGUGAUGUAAACAAGGCUUGUGUCAUGUUUUUGUUUACACAGGUUAAAUAUACAUGUACUAGUAAAAGUUUCGUUUAAAGCAGAUUUUUCAAUUUACAAAUUAAUUCUGCACACAAUUAAACAGUUUCUAGGGUGUGUCAUAUCUCAUUUUGUUUUAAACAUAUUUCUAUUAAGCAAUCUAUAUGUAAACAAAAAUAUGGCACGAGCCUUGUUUACAUAACAAAGAAUUGUUGGUACCGUAUUUCACUUGUAACUCAACAACUGACAUUCAUGUUUUUGCUGACCAUUAGACUUGCCUUAGUUAAGCAUUGUAAACAUUAAAAAUAAAAUUUGAAAAUUUUCAGUUCAAAUAGUGUCCAUGUCCCUUUAAAAAUUCAAAGUUAACAAACCAUUUUCAUCUAGAAAAAAACAACCUAAAAGAAUGAAGGUGUAUAACAAAACAGUUACAUACUGUGUCCUCAGACAACAGCUGUUUUGUAUGACCCUUGAACAGAACAGCUUCGGGCAAUAGAUAUAUCCUUGGGUCGAACAAAACAACUGUUGUCCUCAGACCGAGUCAAUAACUGUAUAUUAUUGUCACACUUUGAGAUUUCUAUAAUGUAAGGCCAAAUAGAAAAUUUGGCUGACCUAUCCAAUUUGCUGCUUAACCAAAAUGUUUUUAUGUUCCUGCCAUGAAAUGGAUGGGGCAUAUAUAUAGUGUUACCAUUUACCAUCCUUUUCUCAUUCUGUCAUCAUUCAAUUCCCAUUCAUAUACAUGUAGAAUUCUUAUCUGGAUUUUUGACAGUUAUCUUAUGUCUGUUUAAACUUGGAAAAUUUAAAACAAUUCAUAGUUUCCGCUCAUUAUCUCCAUUCAGAAUGUACAUGUAGUUACAUCAUGGUAUACUUGGUCUAUACACAGGUCAGGUUUGUAUUUUGGUAAGGUAAAAAAUAUUAGGCAGAGUUAUGCCCCUUAGAUUUAGAAAUUCAAACAAUUCAGUGUUUACUCAUGAUCUCCGUGAUACAUGGAACAUUUUGAAUUGAAAGGGAUCUAGAUAUAUCAUGAGAAUAUGCAGAUCAAAUUACAAUAGGCUAAAUUCUAAUCCAUCUGAUGGUUUGGUGAUGGGUGCUACAUGGAAACACUUCUUUAGUUCUAAAUGUGAGCAUGAAACAUCUCUAUUAGUAUGUAAUCUUUGUGUUUUCCCACAGUCCAUCUUAUUGUAUAUUGACCUAUACCUGGCUUAAUUCAACUCGGCCGGAUUUUAUCAGAAUCCAGUAUGCUAUUACUCACACAGUUGUGUGGUGUGUAUCAGUAUGUAUAUAGUAUAAUUGAUGUUUGUGUAAUGAAUCUAAAAGAUCUGGAUUUUGCAUAAGCAUUAGCAAAUAGAAAUGCUGACGGCUUCAUUUGAUAUUGUGAAUUCAUUUUGUAUUUUCAGUAAAGAUUCAUUGUUUUACUUUUCUUUCAGCUCGUGAAGCAUUACCCACAUGGGAUAAACAAAUUCAGAGCUUGUGUUUUCAAGUGAACCAGAUAAUUGAGAAAAUAUCCCAGUCAUCGCCAGACUGGAUGUUGAAGACCACCGAAUCUCAAAUGGCCGAGGGACAGUGAAAGGACUCUGUAUAAAUACCUUUGGUCAAAAACAAAAAGUGCUAUAAUUGAACCUUGUUUACACAGGCACACAGUACUGUAGGAACUAGUGAUGACAAUUAACUUACAUUGAUAAAGGGUGUGAGGAUGGAUACCAAAAUGACGAUUUGAGCGAUGAAACAAAUCACCAGAGUCAUUGAUAGCUAUCCAUAUUUUGCGAUGAAAUUAGCAGGAGUACAAACUUUCCAUAAUUUUAUUUUAAAUAAUUUCAAUGCACUUUCACAUAUGAAAUUGAAAUAAUCUGUUCUGUGCAUUUAAUGGAAACAAACACUCAUUAACAAGAUUAUGAAAAGAAAUAGACAUGUGUUAAGUAAUUUGUACAUGUAUGUACAAUGUUAAUCACUAUACAUGUUUGUUGUUUAAUUCUUCAGAGGAAGUAAACUAUGUUGCUGUA